CCACUAGCUGCGCUGAAGUGAGUCAAGUGAUGAAAUCAAGACUACAUGGGAAGGAAGCUCCCCCAACAGCUCACGAACCUAACUGGUGACAGCAGCUGCUGAACCCUGCUCGGGGAAACCAUACGCGCCAACAGUUUGCUGCGGUCAUGGGGUGGUCCUGGGGAGCACUGGACUCCCCAGCCUCCAGGCAGCGCACCCCUUCCUUUCGGCGAACCGCAGAGGAAGGAAAGAAGUGUGUGGGGGAAAUCUAGACCUUCUGAUUUCCCAAGGACCCAGACCGUGCGCUGGUUACGAGGUGACCACUGCCACCAGGUCAGUGCAGGGCUCCUCACAUGCAGACGGUCUGAGGCACGCCUCGCGCGAAAGAAAACUAGUCUCGCCGACCACGGGGCGAGGACCUCGCCUCGCGGCGGCCGCGCUCUGCCAGGACGGUGCCCCCCGCCCCGCGCGCGGUCCCGGGUCCUCACCUGGAGCGCUCAGGUAGGGCUGGGGCGGGGCAGGAGGCUGGCGCGCAGGCGCGGGGCGGGGGCCUCGCCCCUGCCGACGUCGCAGGCUGGAGCUCACCUGGGAGACUUGAGAGGAAGCGGAGCCUGGGUUCGGCCUCUCCUGGAAACACAGGAGGCCCAGCGGGAAGGCAGGAGGCGGCGGCGGAGGAGGAGCCGGACUGAGCGGCAACUGUAGCGACAGCAACCGGAGCCGCCGCCGUCACCACCUGCACCUGGCGCCCGGCCCACGUCCAGCGCCUGCCUGGCCGCCGCUUCCCGCCGCCCUGCCCUGCCCUGCCCACCCGCCAGGUAUAUUGCCAUUUAACGAAACCUUCUUGCCAGCAAAUCUAUGAUAAAAAAUAUAAGUAAAAGAGGAAACUAUAACUGUUGUUUGUCAAGUGACAAGCUUUUAAUGUCAGAAUGGCUCACCUAAAGCGACUAGUAAAAUUACAUUUUAAAAGACAUUACCACAAGAAGUUCUGGAAGCUUGGUGCAGUAGUUUUUUUCUUUGUAAUAUUUUUGAUUUUAAUGCAACGAGAAGUAAGUGUUCAAUAUUCCAAAGAGGAAUCAAGGAUGGAAAGGAACAUGAAGAACAAAAACAAGAUGUUCGAUUUAAUGCUAGAAGCUGUAAACAAUAUUAAGGAUGCAAUGCCAAAAAUGCAAAUAGGAGCACCUGUCAGGCAAAACAUUGAUGCUGGUGAGAGACCCUGUUUGCAAGGAUAUUACACAGCAGCAGAAUUGAAACCCGUUCUUGACCGCCCACCUCAGGAUUCUAAUGCACCUGGUGCUUCUGGUAAAGCAUUCAAGACAACCAACUUAAGUAUUGAAGAGCAGAAGGAAAAAGAACUUGGAGAAGCAAAACAUUGUUUUAACGCUUUUGCAAGUGACAGGAUUUCUUUACACCGAGAUCUUGGACCAGACACUCGACCUCCUGAAUGUAUUGAACAAAAAUUUAAGCGCUGCCCUCCGCUGCCUACCACCAGUGUCAUAAUAGUUUUUCACAAUGAAGCGUGGUCCACGCUGCUUAGAACUGUCCACAGUGUGCUCUAUUCUUCACCUGCCAUACUGCUGAAGGAAAUCAUUUUGGUGGACGAUGCUAGUGUAGAUGAGUACUUACACGAUAAACUAGAGGAAUAUAUAAAACAAUUUUCUAUAGUAAAAAUAGUCAGACAAAGAGAGAGGAAAGGUCUGAUCACUGCACGGUUGCUAGGAGCAACAGCAGCAACAGCUGAAACGCUCACAUUUUUAGAUGCUCACUGUGAGUGUUUCUAUGGUUGGUUAGAACCUUUGUUGGCCAGAAUAGCUGAGAACUACACUGCUGUGGUGAGUCCAGAUAUUGCAUCCAUAGACAUGAAUACAUUUGAAUUCAACAAACCUUCUCCUUAUGGAAGUAACCAUAACCGUGGAAAUUUUGACUGGAGCCUCUCAUUUGGCUGGGAAUCACUUCCCGAUCAUGAGAGGCAAAGAAGGAAAGAUGAAACCUACCCAAUUAAGACACCCACUUUUGCUGGAGGCCUUUUUUCCAUAUCAAAAGAAUAUUUUGAACAUAUUGGAACUUAUGAUGAAGAAAUGGAAAUCUGGGGAGGUGAAAAUAUAGAAAUGUCUUUCAGAUUUGAAGCUACCAUGGCAAAUGCUGCGGAAAACCUGGCACAUUGCCUUUCUUCCAGAGGACCAAGUCCCAAGAACUUGGUAAGCUACACUGCCCAGCCGGCUCGGGUCUACCCGAUGGGUGAGUACACUGAGAACCAGGAUGUGAUCAAACAAUUAACAUGGGAGAAAAUAAGCAGUGCACUAACAUUGCCUAUUACUACCACCAACGAUGAUGAACUUGGAAGUCGCUAUAUUACCAGAGAAUUGGCCUUACUGUUGCUGGACGGUUUAAUUAAAUGCUAUGUAAACCAUAAAAAUAUAAGAGCAAAAGGGUCCAGAGAGCUGCUCUUUCUAAGAAAACAAGAUUGA